AUGAGUCUUGCGCCUGCCCCAACGCGUCUACGCCAGAUUGCACUUGUAGCGAAGGACAUCGAACACGCUAAGCAGCUGCUUACAUACAUUCUGGGAACAGAAGUCGUCUUCGAAGAUCCGGCCGUGGGACAAUGGGGUCUGAAGAACUUCUUGGUACCGAUCGGCGGUGACUUUAUCGAGGUGGUCUCGCCGAUACAGGAUGGCACGACUGCCGGACGGCUGAUCGAGAAGCGUGGCGACGGCGGGUACAUGAUCAUCAUGCAAACUGAGGAUGCGAAGAAGCGGCGCGAGUACAUCGAGGCGAAGGGAUUGUCCAGAGUUAUCUUUGAGCAUGAUCUAGAGGACUCUGUGUGUAUUCAGUACCAUCCAAAGGGUAUCAAGGGCGGCAUCAUGCCUGAACUCGAUUCCCACGCACCCGGUCCCAAGAACCCUACGCCUCUACAAUCCCGCUUCUCACCCUGGCAUGCUUGCGGUACAGACAUCGAUCGUUAUACGUCCGGCAUGAAGCGGGCUCAACACCUUACGCUGGAGGGCUGUGUACUGCGCCUGCAGCCCGGCGAUCUUGGCCACGAAGCGGCCGCACGACAGUGGGAGGAAAUCUUUGGCGUCGCACGGAGCCGCGACUUGCUAGCUUUCACGAACGCAAGACUGGGUUUCAUCCCAGGGAGAAAAGGGCAGCCAGAGGGCCUUGCGUCCAUCACGAUCGGUGUCAAGGGCAAGGAUGAAUACGAUGCCAUCUUGGAAAGAGCUCGUGAUGCAGGCCUCUGUGGAGACGGGGGGAUCGACAUGUGUGGUGUAAGAUGGUACCUUGCACUGACAGGUCACGGCGCGUCUCAGGGGAAGCUGUAG